AUUCUGGGAAAAGCUGGAAGCUCGGAUGUGAACCCCACAGACUCUACAACGGGGAAGUGUGCGAAACAGCAGGAGCCACGGAGAGCCUGGGUCUCCUCAGGGCACAACAACCCUACAAGCAUCGGAGCAGCCAAAUUCAGGCCCACCUGGGCUGCGGGCCACUCCGGCUACAGCCAGAAAGCAACGACCGCAAUGGUGGAGGCCAGGCACCCACAAGCGGC